CUCCCCAGGACUUGGGUCAGGCUUUAGCAGAAGAGACCACUUGGUAGACUCUUUCCCAUUGAAGAAUCAAGCAGGAAUAGCUUUUGGGUUGGGUGUGUGGGAGAGAGGACUUGAAUACACCAAAUGGAUAUAACUGGUUCAGCAAUGCCUCUAUCAGCCUGGUUCAGCCUGCUGCUUCUCUGUCUUUGUAUUGGUACUACCAGGACCUGCUCCCCAGGAUGUCACUGUGAAGUGGAGAGUUUUGGUCUCUUUGACAGCUUUAGCCUGACCAAGGUGGAUUGCAGUGGAAUAGGGUCACACAUUGUUCCUGUCCCUAUCCCGCUGGAUACUUCCUAUUUGGAUCUGUCCUCAAACAAACUGGAAACCAUCAACGAGUCAGUGCUGACCGGCCCUGGUUAUACCACCUUGGUGAGCCUUGACCUGAGCUAUAAUAAAAUUGCUAAGAUCUCUUCCACGACCUUCUCUAGACUCAGGUAUCUGGAAUCCUUGGAUCUGAGUCAUAAUUCUUUGGCAGUCCUUCCAGAUGAAUGCUUCCCCAGUUCACCCCUGGGGGACAUAGAUUUGAGCAACAACAACCUCCUGGAUAUAACAUUAGAUGUCUUUGCUUCCAAAGGUCAAGGGAAACCCAUUAAUGUGGAUCUGUCCAACAACAUGAUAAGCGCAGUCACAAGACACAAUGACAAAAACAUCCCCAACAUCCAGAGCUUAAAUCUGUCUGGAAACAGACUGAAGACUGUGCCCAACCUCCAAGGGAUUCCCCUGCGAUACUUAAAUCUCGAUGGGAACCCUCUGGCCAAGAUUGAGAAAGGAGCUUUCGUGGGCCUGAAGGAUUUAAUUCAUUUAUCUCUCAGCAGCUUACAUGGCUUUAGAGAGAUCUCUCCUUACAGCUUCAAAGAACUACCCAACCUCCAGGUACUCGAUUUAUCCAGCAACCCCAACCUUAAGUUGUUGAGUGCCGAAGUAGUCUUUGGUCUAAGCUCCUUGCAAGAGCUCAACCUGUCCAGUACAAGUGUUUCCUUCUUGCCAAAGACUGUGCUGAAAUACUUACCUACCAUCAAAAGUAUUACCUUGGGGAAGAAUGUACAGUGUCUUAAGGUGAUCAAGGAAGGACAGUAUCACCAACAAAUUGGGCUGACCAAAAAAGAGGUCCUCAGUUGUCAUGACAGCCAUGGGUCCGUAGCAGCAGCACCCUAUGUCUUGUGAUGGAAGUUGAGGGGAAAGGGCUGAGGGAGAUUGUACAGCUGUCUGGACUGAAAUGACCUGCCGCGUGCCUUUCGUUAAUAAUUUAUACGUUUGUAUAUGCCAAUACUUGACGGUGUGUGUCUUUACAUUCCGUAUUGCUGCCCACUGUUUUCUGCCUCUUGAUUCCUGCAAGCAUUUGCAAGUGAUAGGUGCGACAUGGCUGCCCCAAACGGUGUUCGCUGUGAAUGGGGAGCAAGUGGGGUCGCUGUUUUGAAUUUCUGAGGAAGGACAGAAUAUCUGGGGAGAAAAUGCAUUCAGCCCAGGCUUAUUUGCAGGAGCAAAGCGAGCCCUGUCUACGGCAUGCACCAAAAUGUGUUAAUUCCGCAGUCAUUUGCUUACAAAUCCAUGCUUUAUCUAUUUUGUUUUUCCCAAGAAGUGCCUUCCAGAUGUUGCCUUCAUUAGCAGUGCCCUGCUCAUUGUUAUGCACUUUCAGUCUGAAGAAACCGUACUGAGCAAACCUGAGUACAGGGUGUUUCUAAUGCUUGGCUGCUGUUUGCAUAAAAGUGCAAUGAACACUUGGUACCUGGGGACCAUUUUCCCCCACCUCACCCCGAUCCUUUCCGCACAGGAUUGCAUUAGAUCCUCCACUGGAAAUCCCAGGGGCCUUCUGAUGCAGAUGUGUUGAACCUUAGUGGUCUGUCAAAGACCGAAUGUUCAAACUCAGCGCUGUGCCAUUCGAAGGACUGAAGGCUGUUCCCGUGGACCCAGCCCCCCGGGUGCUGGGCAGACAGCUGAACAGAGCCCACUUGCAAUAAGGGCAGGUUGUCUCGGAGUCAGACUCUAGCAGGGUAAAUUAGAUUGAGCUGUGAAAUGGAAAGCGCAUGUAAACUAAAUUAAAAACUCCCUCCCUUUCUAGGGCAUUUAAAGAAUGCUCAAUGAGGCUCCUUAUCUUGAUAACCUCAUCAAACCAAGACUUAAGCCCAUGGGACUGAGAAGAAGCUGUCUCCUCUCUGACUUCCCCGGCCUAAUCAGAACAUGUGUGACGCAGCUGUGCUGUUAAAUGCAAUUUCAUGCCAGAAAAUGUGUUCAGAAGGUGGGGGGAGGGGAGGAGGGAGACCGCUCCAGCCCCAAAGCCUGGGGCUACUGACCCCCGCUGUUUAAUAGAAUAAGGUAGUAGCACGCUUGCCUAUCUGGGAAAGGAUCCUUUUCAGGGCCUGCUGCUCUGUGUCAUUCUUUCCACUCUCAUGCUUGGCUUCUUGGCAGCUAACCGAAGCCUUGUGAACACAGAGCAGUUUGAGUCGGCUUCGCCCAAUUGCCGGCAUGCUGAAUUUGGCAGAGGGAGAACAAAGCAGGAGCAAAGGGAGUGGGAAUGGCAGAUGCCUCAGGCAAUGAGGGGGGAACAACACACGAGAACUGGCGGUAAGGGAGCGAGAUGCACAGCUCGAACAAAUGGGGGGGGAAGGAAGAUGCUCCAAGAGAACCAAGUGCCCACUCUGUGAAUUCAAUGGGGAAUUUUGAGCCACGUCUCCAGAGAAACUCAGCCUGGAUGGAGCUGUUUGCUUACCCCAGACCUGAAUCUGGCCCACUCUUCCUUGGUAUGGGGAGGGCAGAGGGAGACAGCAUGGGCAAAGUCUGCUCUCAGCCGCAGCAGUCGAAGAGCUUGUCUACACACACAGUUGCCCCAGUUUCACUAAAGGAAUUAUUUUUCUUUUUAAACCGAUUUAGUUGAGCCCAUGCAAAAAGCUGUGUGGAUGCUCUUAUUUUUGUUUACAGCAGGCUUUUUUUAGCUUAGUUUAAGUCCAUCAGGAACAGGUUUAAACUAAACAGCAAUAAGCCACUCUUAAGCCAGAAUCAGUGUGUCCACAUAGGAGUUUGCACCGGAUUAACUAAACCAGUGCAAAUAGGUGUGCAGAUGACCCCUGAGUUUAUUGAAGUCUGACUUGAAUCAGUGCAACAGUUAUUAGAAUCUGGCCUAUUCUGUAGCCAGGCACCGAAGGUGGCUGUAGACAAGAAGGAAAAUGUGAAAGACAGGGAGUACACUAGCAGAUUCUGCAGGGGAUCUCGGGUAAAUGCAGUAUCCUCAAGAAGUGGGCAUGGGAAGAAGACUGUUAGAGGUAGGUUAAGAUACAUCUGGUCACAUAUGUAAUUGUUGAGUAGAUUCCAACCUAUGUUAGAGGAGGAGGGGUGAAAAUCUAGUAUACUUCAUGGUGGAACAGCUUGCAUUCUGAAUCCAAGACACUGCAGUAUCCGUGGAAUCCAGAAAGAGUUGUAUCUUCUCAGCUACAUCCUCGAGAGUAUUUUACUAAUUGAAGUUACACUGCCCCACACCAGCUAUCUGUGGUGAUGGUAGAAAACUUUUGAGCAAAUCAAAGCCAGUCACUGUCUUGGAAGGGCCAGAUUCCCAGCUGGUGCAAUACGCUGACCUACAGCAGCUAGGAUCUGGCUUUGGAUUUCCAAGUAGCUUCUCCAGUGGCUUGAUCCUGUAUCUUCUUAUUGAAAUUAAAUACACCUCCACCCCGAUAUAACGCUGUCCUCGGGAGCCAAAAAAUCUUACUGCGUUAUAGGUGAAACGGCGUUAUAGCGAACUUGCUUUGAUCCGCCAGAGCGUGCAGCCCCACCUCCCCAGAGCGUUGCUUUACCGCGUUAUAUCCGAAUUCCUGUUAUAUCAGGUUGCGUUAUAUCGGGGUAGAGGUGUACUUUAAAAAUCUUUUUUCCCUUCACUGAGCCUUUUAAAUGCUCGGCUUGUCUUUGGUUUUGCAAGAUUUUUCUUAAAAGGCAACAAUAUUGUCUUAGACGGGAUGUGAUUCUAUAAAAUCAGGAGGGAAAUAAUGAACAAAUAGUAAUACACCAUGGUCUUGGGUUGGUUUGGGGUUUUUUCUUUCCUAAUGGAGCCUGCCUUUUUAAGAGAAUUUUUCUGCUGGCAGAAAACUUAAUUUUUAAAAUUAUAUAUUUGUUUAAUUUUAUAGUUCUGUACUUAGAUGAAAUGUUCGGGGGAUAAUAUACAGGCUGUAGAAGUUACUGCCUUUGCACCACUGUGGUAAAUUUAAUACCCAAUGUGACAAUCCAAUUGAAGACUGCAAGAUUUACUCUUGUAAUCUCAUGGUAGCCGCUAGCUAAAUGAGUCUUAUGAAGGGCUGGUAAAUACCUUCUCUGUGUACUUUUUUUUUUAGACACUCUGCAGCAUUGUAAUGCUUUGUGAUUAUUCACAAUAUAAUAAAGUAAUUUGGUGGAAACAAAAA